GGUAGUCAAUUACAUAAUGCUUGACUGAUCGUUUGGCACUGAGACCUUCAAUCGUCAACAGAAGAUUACACAUCAUCCUGAAGCCAAAAUCUUCCUAUUUGACAUAAAGUGUCUAACUAGGAACAUCUUUAACGUCGUUCGAACUAUGAAAAUGAAUCUGAAGAGAAGAAGGUGUGCAGAGCUGGGGCGUUUUGGUGCCAUCUUGUUGGCAGCGGUGUUUACCGGCUGCAUGACAAUGAGCCACGCCGAAGCUUCGGCGCAAGAAGCAACCGGUCCAGCUCCUGAGACUGCACCAUCUCCAGGGAAGAUCACUCCUGGUGAACACCAAGAAGCUUCUAUUUCGUCUGGAUAUGAUGGUGGUGGCGAUGAUUUAAGGUCAAAUGAUACAAGUAGUUCAACCCAUGCACCAAGCACAACCAAAAAGAUUACAGAACCAUCUGACGAGCAGUUACCAGACAUAGGCUCUGCCGAAGAGGAGCAUUCAUCAAGUUUAGCUCUCUUUUUUAUCUUGGGUAUCAUAGGAGUGUGUAUCCUGUUAACUCAUCUCCUGAUUAAGCUCAAGUUCCACUAUCUCCCUGAGAGUGUUGCAGUGGUCUGCCUUGGUCUUCUAGUGGGUCUUAUUAUCCUUGCUCUAAAACACACCAAUCUCAGUAACCAUGAUUUCACGCAAGAUGAAAUCCUUGAUCCGACAACAUUCUUUCUCGUUCUACUUCCUCCAAUCAUAUUUGAAUCUGGAUAUUCCUUGCACAAGGGUAAUUUCUUCCAGAAUAUUGGUUCCAUCUUGGUGUUUGCGAUCUUCGGUACCAUCAUCUCCACUCUCAUUGUAGGAGGGGGUGUGUAUCUCCUCGGGCAGGCUAAGGUGGCUUAUGAGUUGACUUUGGUAGAGAGUUUUGCGUUUGGCUCACUCAUCUCAGCCGUCGAUCCUGUGGCGACCCUCGCCAUUUUCUCAGCUCUUGACGUUCAUCCUUUACUUAACAUGUUGGUGUUUGGUGAGAGCAUCCUGAAUGAUGCCGUCUCAAUUGUACUUUCAAAUACUGUGAUAGCCCUAGACUCUCCUGCGAUGGCCAACGUAUCAGCUCUCCAUGCCUUUGGUUAUGCUGUCGGAUCAUUCUGUAUCAUGUUCUUUGCUUCAUCUCUCCUUGGAAUUGCUAUUGGACUUAUCAGCGCUCUCAUAUUGAAGCAUGUAGAUCUGAGGAAGACACCAUCACUUGAAUUUGGUAUCAUGCUCAUCUUUGCUUAUCUACCAUACGCACUGGCUGAAGGCAUCAAACUCUCAGGCAUCAUGGCUAUCCUGUUUUGUGGUAUUGUGAUGUCACACUACACCCAUUAUAACCUAUCACCUGUCACACAGAUCAACAUGCAACACUCCUUCAGAACAAUGGCUUUCUUAGCAGAAACUUGUGUAUUCAUGUAUCUAGGGUUGGCUAUUCCCAGCUUCAAUCAUAGAUUUGAACCAGCUUUAAUACUUUGGAGCAUAGUCCUUAUUCUGGUUGGGCGAGCCUUCAACACAUUUCCACUGUCUUUCAUCUGUAAUAAAUUUAGAGAACAUAAAAUCACCUUUAAAAUGCAGUUUGUUAUGUGGUUUAGUGGUUUAAGAGGGGCUAUUGCCUAUGCUCUGAGCAUGCACUUAGAGUUUGGCAAUGAUACAAGACAUGUUCUCGUCACGACUACUCUGGUCAUUGUCUUGUUCACAGUCCUAGGUUUGGGAGGAUCAACUCUCCCACUCUUAAAGUGUAUUGGAGCAGAAAGUAAAUCAAAGAAGGAAAUCUCACUCAGCAAAACAGAAGAGAUGGGCAGUGCAUUGGAUGCUGAGCAUCUCUCUGAAUUAACGGAAGAAGAAUAUGAAGUGAACUACAUAAGACCAGGUCUUAAAGGCUUUCUGAGAUGGGACACCAAGUACUUAACACCUUUCUUCACCAGAAGACUCACAAAUAAGGAAAUCACCGAUGGGCGUUACCAGAUGCGGCAGCUGGCCAACCGAUGGUACUCCGAGGUGCGUGGCCCUGCCUCGGAUACGGAAGAUGAAACGGAACUGCUCGGCAACUGAAGAAAUGGGAUGAUGACAGAAGACAGUGCUGUCGGAGAGUGUGAAUAUCUUGAACAUGAAACGUUUCAAAGAGAUCAUAAGCUCAUGUUUGAAGAGGAAUUGCAUCAUCCAGGAAGGUAAAAGGUCGCAUCAAUCAUAGAUAACUCCACAAAGGCAUUCAGCCAAAUACCCUACAGAUGACUGGCUGGUUCAAAUGAUUGCAUUCCACAGUUACAGUGCAAGUGUAUAGAAAACUUUUGCUGCUAUGCCAGACAGAGCUCUGUAAAUAUCUGUGGUGGUUAUUUUUCAACUAGUACAAGUCAUUAGAUUAUUUAUUCAUUUUAGUCAGUUAUUUUUUGGUUGAAAACUGGCAGGAAUUAUUCGGAGUAGUGAUGAAAGCAUCUUGCAUUGAGAAGAAUUUUGGAGAUGCAGUACAGAGCAAAAUAAAACAAUGAACUUUGAUAGAAACACUACAACACAUACCAUCAAAUGACUGAGAAUUAAAAAUAGUCUACAACUUCAGAGAUUCAAGGAGGGAAUGCCGAGAUUAUAAGAGAAAUAUCUAUCAGGAUCAUAAUGAUUGUCUUGAGUUGCAUAAGAUGCAGAUACAUGCACUUUAUAAAUCUUGAAUGACCAUUAUAAUUUUUAUCAUCUGGGUUAAAAAAAGGUCACAGGCAAUUAAACUCUUGAAAAGUGCAAAGUACACAUGUGUACUUCCCUUAGUUUGAAUGUGCAACAGAGUAUUUAAAAUUGGAAAGUGGUACUGUGAGUUUUUCAUAGAUGUUAAUAGGGACUUUUUUGCACAGUGACACGGAAUGAAUCCCACAAAAUGCAAAAUUAAUCAAAACGGCAGUCUUGUCUGUGACUCUGGACAAGUGACAUAUUUGCAAUUUUCACUUCUGAAAUGUUGGACGAAACUACUGGACCGAUUCCCUACCCUCGACAAAGACGUCUUUGUGCUUUGACUUGCAAGGUUUUGUUGCAUUUUAGCUCAUCAGGGCCCUGUUGCUUGAAUAUAUAUGUCCCUGCUAUGGUAAAUUUUGGAUGGUAGGCAUGUUGCACAUUCAGCUCCCAUAGGCUCUUACACUAUUAGCUGAGUGGAUCUUCUUCAAGUACUCUCUUUUAUCCGUCUUGAUUUCAUUUGCGCGUGUGUGAUCGUUUUCAUUUCAAUAAACUCUUUUCUGUGAUUGUUUAAUUUUAAUAGGUAUUUAUGGUGUAUACAAUCUAAAAAAAAUGUAUUCAUAGAAUUCAAGUUUUUUUAAAAGAUAAAGAGUAAGAAUACUUAUAAAUGUGGUGCAAUGCAGUUUCCUUUGCUAUUAUGUGAAGCCUGUACUAUAUAUUACAUUUUCAGUUGUGUAACAUUUCUAUAAUAUAUUCAUAUUUGAUGUGUUAUUUUGUUGCCAUUUAAGAAAAUAUAUUUGUUUGCAGGGUAUGAGAAACUUAUGCAGUUGUAAAAAAUUGUACUAAGAUUAAGAGUACUUUACCAAUUAUUUUUUGUGAUUUUUUUUUCCAAGUUUGAUGGUUCAUCUGGUAUUUUCUGUUAUUGUAAUUAUAUGAUUUAAAAUGAUGCUUAAGUAUAAAGAGCACCGUGAAGAUUUUAAUGAAGAGUCUUCCUUGAAAUUAAUGCAUUCAUGGUACCUCAUACGUUAUCUUGUGGUCUGUAACACAAAACAAAAUUGGGCAAUAGAUAAUAGAGUUGAUUUGAAUGUAUGCUUGCAUGGCCAUACACAGCGGGGAGGGGGGAUGCAACAUGGGCAGUUGCCCCCCCCCCAUUAUAAAAACUUACAUUUUUUAUUGUAAAAAACUGCUAAUGAAAUCCUUCAAUUUCACUUCAGAAAAUGCAAAAGUGCCCCAAAGUCAAGCUUGGUUGCUCGUCUACCUCACUCAAUGUAAGUCAGCUCAAUACUUACGUAUUGAGUGCUACCUUCUCUAUUUGAUUAUGAAAUAAAGUUAAUUUGUAUGAUUUAGAAUGAUGCUGAACUAUAAAGAGCAUCGUGAAGAUUUUAAUGAAGAGUCUUCCUUGAAAUUAAUGCAUUCAUGGUACCUCAUAAGUUAACUCGGAAUCUGUAACACACUUGAUUUGAACAUUUGCUUGCAUGGCCGAUUGGCCGUACACAGCAGGGAGGGGGGGGGGCAGAUGCCCCCCCCAGAAAUUUUGAAAACUUCAAUUUUUUACUGAAAAAAACUGUUCACGAAAUCCUUCAAUUUCACUUUAGAAAAUGUAAAAGUGCCCCAAAGUCAAGCUUGGUUGCUUGUCUCCCUCACUCAAUGUAAGUCAGCUCAAUGUAAGUAUUGAGUGCUACUGGGCCCAGAGGGGAAACAAUUAAGUCCACGCUUCUGAACAUUCUCUGUUUCACUUUAUUUAUUAAAAUAUUAACAAU